AUGGAGAAUUCUAUUAUCCAAAAAGUGGACUCCCUGUACAAUGCUGUGCGUGGUGAAGACAACACAAACUGCACAUACGCACACAAUAGCGAAUUUUUACAAAAUAAUGGAAUAAGUCUUACUUGCCAUGAUUUUGAAAAGUUUCCCCCCAAUAAUAUCCAACCCCCGUUCCUUUUUGAACGGUAUGCGAAGUUCUCAGAAAACCAUCCCAUCGAUGUGGAAGCAUGUGACGACCCUGAAGACCUGGAGUUGAAUUUGGGCUAUGACAACUUUGAGAAGGACGACCUUGAGAAGGACGGGGACUGCAGGGAUCCAAUGUCUCGUACUACAGUUGUUACUCAUCGCCUUCGGGAAUGGGCAACUGGCGGGCAAAUACCACGAAAACUGCCAUCAGGUUAUGCGGAUUUGUUCCAGUUUCGCCACCUCACUCAAGUCAGCAUGCCUCAUGACCUCAUGUCAGGCCAGCGCUAUCGGUGGAGUCUAGGAAACCGUCAUGGGUGGGUUUCUUCGAUUUUCGAAUAUGUCAAAGUUCGUCCUCAUACUAUUCUGUUGUCAACCCAGUUUAAUGCUGUUCGCAAUGGCUCCAUUCUACAUAGAGAAUUGGAGCUCAUUCUCACGGCGAUGAAAGCUCGCGCCGCACAGCCUUUUAAGGAAAAAGUAUAUAAUAGAGUGAACCUUCAUUUUGGGCGUGGAAAACGAUUCCCUGUGUGUAUAUUCCAUUAUUAUCUACCAGUCCUUCUGACUGGUGCACUAGGUUUUGAUGGUUUCUAUGGUAUCUCCUUCCCAUGGAAGAAUCCUCCACGCCUGUAUGAACGGUAA